AUUAUUCUUAUACCGGUCACUCGCAAAUCGGUAAAGCAAUCACGCGUCUAUUCGGCGAAAUACUUGAAUUUUUCCUGAAAGUAGGAGGUAUAAUGACAUGAUUUAUUAUGCACAAUUAUAGGCAGGCUAACCUAGUUCAAAUUUGCUUAAAAAUAUAAUCAUUUAUAGUGAGCUUUAGGCUAUAGUCUUUUUCAAUAUCAGGAAUAUUCCAGAAUUUUCGAAAUGGAUCAUAAACAGCUACAGCAACUAAAACAGUUUAUUCAACUAUGCCAAACUGAUCCAGAUGUACUGUACCAACCGGAAUUACAGUUCUUUAUGUCGUAUUUAGAGAGCCUAGGUGCUAAGAUUCCACCAAAAUCACAGACCGCAACCAAUAAGGAAAAGACUACUGAAUCAAAGGCUGAGCCUACUCCUGUACCUGAACCUGAAGACGAGAGUGAAGAGAGUGAACUUGAAUUAGACACUGAAGGUGUUAUACCGGGAGAUGACAUUGUUGAUCAGGAAAUGGGUGAUGCUUCGGUUGAAGUUACGGAAGAGAUGAUGGAUCAAAGCUCAGACUUGAGAUCACAGGCUUUGUCUGCUGUUUCAGACGGUAACUGUGAUCUGGCUAUUGAAUUAUUUUCCAAAGCUAUUAAGUUAAAUCCUAAUUCGGCUAUCCUCUUUGCGAAGAGAGCAAGUGUAUACAUUAAACUCCAAAAACCGAAUGCAGCCAUUCAAGACUGUAAUAAAGCUGUUAGCAUCAAUCCUGACUCAGCUCAGGGCUUCAAAUGGCGAGGAAGAGCCCAUGCAUUACUUGGAAAGUUUGAUCUUGCUCAAAAGGAUUUAGCAACAGCUGUCAAACUGGACUACGAUGAUCAAGCUAAUGAAUGGCUUAAACAAGUUCAGCCUAACGCAACAAAAAUAGCUGAGCACAAUCGUAAAAGAGAAAGAAAACAAGAAGAAAGACUAUUAAAGGAACGUCGUGAAAGAGUUAAACGUGCUCAAGAAGAAAGAGAAAAGGCAAGGAAAGAACAAGAAGAGAGAGAAAAGGCUGGUAUGGGUGGUAUGCCGGGUAUGGGAGGAAUGCCAGGAAUGGGAGGAAUGGGAGGAGGAAUGCCAGGAAUGGGAGGAGGAAUGCCAGGUAUGGGAGGAAUGGGUGGCAUGGAAGACAUUUUCUCGAAGCUACUCUCAGACCCAGAUAUUGCUUCUGCUUUCAAAGAUCCUGAAGUAUCAGCUGCUUUUACGGAUAUCUCUCAAAACCCCUCCAAUAUCAACAAAUACAAAGAUAAUCCAAAAGUUCAAAAACUUUUGGAAAAAUUAACUGGAAAAAUGGGUGGUGGAAUGCCUGGUGGUAUGCCAGGUGGUAUGCCAGGUGGUAUGCCAGGAGGAUUUCCAGGAGGAUUUCCAGGAGCUGGUGGAGCUGGCCAGAAUACAGGAGUUCCUGACAUGCCCGAUAUCGAUUAA